AUAGGUUGAGCCCCUCUUCUUUGUGAAAGCCCCUCAAAUAUUGGCUCACUGUUACUGUGUCACCCCUGGUCCUUUUCACUGAACUAAACAUACUCAAUUCUUGAAAUAGUCUUUGAAAAAAAUAAUAAUUGUGAGGGUUAUUCCAGCUCCAUCUGUUUUUUUUUUUAGGGCCAUUUCUCAAAAGAACAUUGAAUUUGGGAAUCACUGAGGUUUGUUCUUUUCCAUAUAGGAAAUGUGAGUCUGAAAGCAAUUUGCAUUUUACGCAUGCCCAGAGUCAUAACCACGCACAAGUUAAACCUGGCCUAUGCGCGGCUCUUAGCCACAUUGCUAAUUUCUCUAUCUUUUGUCUUUUUCUCCUCCCCGCCUCUGAUUUGCUCCGCCCCUGGCAAAGGGGGAGCCGUUUUCGUAGCAGGCUGGCCUCCCUAUCUGAUGGAGGUAGCCCCGGUGAUGGCUGCGGAAGAAGAGGACAGGAUCUGCCAGAGAACAGAGGCAGGAUGUGUUGCAGUUCUUUGUUUAUGAAAUUAAUAACUUUUGACGAAGAGGCUUCAUGUUGAAUUUUGUCCCAGCUGAGAAAAGUGAGCGGGGUGCUUGAAUUACCCUCAGGAGCUAGACAGAAGAUAAGUUUGGAAAUAAUCUGAACGGAUUCUUUUUAGAAUUGUUUUACAACAAUGGAGCCACAUGUGACCAAAUGCACCUGAAGCUCUUUGCGAGCCAAGGAGACUCGGAGGGGCUGCCUUCUCAAGAUCGAAGGCUCUACUUCGGGAGCUGAGCCUCAGGACCCACCUCACAACAUGGCCACCCUAACCAGCAGCUCCACCUUGGACCCGGCCGACUCGGACCUUUCCACCUCCCUCACUUUACCUCUUCUGGAUGACAAACCCAAAGCGAAAAACCUCUUCCAGUUGGGCCCUCUCUUCCACGGCCGGAGCGAACGCUUCGUCAUUGCCCGGAGCGACAGCGUGCCGGAAGAGAACGUCCUGAAGAUCACCAUCACGGAGACCACAGUGAUUGAGUCGGACCUGGGCAUCUGGAGUUCCUACGCCCUCACCUACCUCACGCUGUGGUUCUUCUUCAGCUUUUGCACCCUUUUUCUGAACAAGUACAUCUUGUCGCUGCUGGAAGGGGAACCAAGUAUGUUAGGCGCCGUUCAGAUGCUCUCCACCACCUUCAUUGGCUGCGUCAAAAUGUUUGUGCCCUGUUGUCUUUACCAGCACAAAAGCCGUCUCUCCUAUCCUUCCAAUUUCAUCAUGAUUAUGCUUUUCGUUGGCCUGAUGCGAUUUGCAACUGUGGUUUUGGGGCUCGUCAGCUUGAAAAACGUGGCCGUUUCCUUUGCCGAGACAGUGAAAAGCUCAGCGCCCAUUUUUACCGUUAUUAUGUCCCGCAUGAUUUUAGGAGAAUAUACCGGGCUGGUUGUGAACUUGUCUCUGAUCCCCGUGAUGGGCGGGCUGGCCUUGUGUACUGCAACCGAGCUGAGUUUCAACAUCCUUGGCUUCUCAGCAGCUUUGUCGACAAAUAUUAUGGAUUGCUUGCAGAAUGUUUUCUCCAAAAAGCUGCUGAGUGGGGACAAAUACCGUUUCUCUGCUCCUGAGCUUCAGUUCUACACUAGCGCAGCUGCGGUGAUCAUGCUUAUCCCUGCCUGGGUCUUUUUCAUGGAUAUGCCGGUGAUUGGGAAAAGCGGGCGGAGUUUCCAGUACAACCAGGACAUCGUGGUGCUGCUUCUGAUGGAUGGAGUGCUGUUCCACCUCCAAAGUGUCACCGCUUAUGCCUUGAUGGGCAAAAUUUCCCCCGUAACUUUCAGUGUUGCCAGCACGGUGAAGCACGCCUUGUCCAUUUGGCUCAGCAUCAUUGUCUUUGGGAACAAGAUCACCAGCCUCUCGGCCAUCGGGACAGUCCUGGUGAUCAUCGGGGUCCUGCUGUAUAACAGGGCCAAGCAGCAGCAGCAGGAAAUCCUCCAGAAUCUGGUGGGAGCAGCCCCAGCCCCCCAACCCUCUCCAGCAACUAAUGAAGACGCUGAGCCUCUCCUCUCUAAAGACCCCCAUCCGUUCGAAUGAGACCUCUGCCUGCACCUCGGCCUUAAUUUUUGCUACAUGGAAGUUUAGACGAACGAUAUUUUUCUUUUGAAGCCCUCGGUACCCUCCCCCAGAAGGCCCAUCUUGCACGCAAGGCACAGCAAGGUGCUGUGAUCAGAAAAACGGACGCAAAGACCAGGUGAGAAUCACAAGCAUUGGAUGGAAGAGCUUUACAUUCUGCCACCCACCAUAUUCAAAGUCACUUUUGGUCCAUCCUCCACCGGACCGACGUGAAAUCCAGCCAAGUUUGCCAUCCUCCCAAAGUUACAAAACUGGAAAAGCAUCGGCUUCAAAAAGCCCCAAAAUCACCCAAUGUCUUUGCCGGGAACAGCAGGAUCUCAGCGUGGUGGAGAGGGUGUCAACUGUGCCACUGGCCUUCCGUCCCAGCACAUCCUUUGCUAAGUCUUGAGUUCUGGAUGAAACCGUCCGAAGAUUUGCUGCUGAGAUAUCCUCAGCAGUUUUGACCCACGGCAGCCUCUCACCCCACCCGACCCCAUGCCGACCAAGCUACGAUUUUCAGCUUCAACCUCAGAACGGAGCUCAUUGCUUGUUUGUGGGGCAGAGCUGAGAAACAUUUUGUACAGAAGGCAAAGGAGAGACUGCUCGAGUUUUGUUUUAAUUUUUGUUUCCGUGCUGUCGAGCGCAGGCAAUAAACCCAGGCGACUCUUGGGAUCUGGUGCCCUGCUCAUAGCAAUCAAGAAGCAAUUUGGGAAAAGGCUUCUCCUGAGUUUUAAGACCCGACAUUUUUGGGAUCGUGAAAUGAGCAGAAAAUGGCGUAUCGUCCUGGAUCGUGUGGUAUGACACCACCUAGCAAUCAAAUAACCAAAAAGCUGCUAAAGAAGGAAAGGAGAUUUCACGCAGCAAUGCCCUCUCCAAGUAAUGUUUGAAAAUCCCAUCGGGACUUUGGGAAGCUGUCUUCACGUCAUCGCAUAUCCGUCUAAACCUAGUUUUGCUACUCUGGGACCAUUGAACUAAUUCUCUCCUAGUUGACGACAAAUCCUUCCAGUCCUGGUGGCUUCUUCACGGAUCGUUAGCAGCUUCCUUAGAAGUAAAAACCACUUGAGCCAGGCAGAUUCCCAUGAACUGAGCAGCUUGAAGCGCUCAGCCUGUAUGGAUUGUCUUUGCUACGGUCCGUCUGAACUCAGCGUGCUCAGUUAUUAAUUGUAGGGGGAAAAAAAUAACGUUAAUAAGUUUUUAAUUUCAGAGUGAAGAAAUUUCAUUCCACAUUUCCUGAUUUGUCAGCCAAGAACCUCAACGGGUUGCCCCGCUCCAAAUGUUGUUCUCUGUUCCUUCUCACACACCCCCAACUCAGUUUUGUUAGUCUUUGUGCGAAAAGGGUAACGCAAACACUGCUUUCUUUUGUUAAAGAGAAUAUGCGGAGCGCUGGACUUUGGAUGCAAAGUUUCUCAGGCAGAACAGGCUCCCCGCUCUCGGUCCCUCCAAAAUGCCGAAAGGUUUUCUCUUUUUCCUGGGCAUACUUGAAAACAAAUGUUUUCCUGGUGCUUUGUGUGUUGGGGCCAAAUUGUCAACGUCUCAGAUGCCAAGAAUUUGGAUUUAAGAACCGGGGGGGGGGUGCUCUUGCUUUUUAUCAGCAUCAGCAACUCAGCAUCGCUCCGAUGACCACUUUGCAAUCUUGACUAGUCCAAUCCUGUGGAUAACUUUUCCUGACCUGUGUAAGACACAAAUCAUUUAGGAUUUGCUUGUUGUAGGGAGUUCCCCCCCCCCCUCCAAAAAAGAAACUUUUACAGUGAGGUGUAAUCCUGUAUCUGUUUUGUUCUCAGAAGUCUGUGUCGAGCAAAUAAACAUGGAAACAUCACUGA